UCGCUCCUUGGAGGCCACACUGAGGGAGCGUCGCGAAAGUUGCCCGUUUAGGAACUCUCCCAUUUGGCUCUGCAAAGGGAAGAAUUGGUUAAAUAGUUCCACUGAAAAUAAUGCGAUUCAAAUUUCUCAUUUUCCAAGAACGCUCCCUUCCUGAAGCUUGGAAGGGCACGGGACUCUCUCUCCUUGAUCCUGAAACGUGCAUCAGGUAGAUAACCUCCUGAUGCCUGACAGUCUCCGCCUGUUUUGAUGCCCCGCCCCCUCUGCUGGAGUCCGAGCCGCCGAUUGGCUAGGAGCACUUGAACGGCGGAAGCAGCUGGCUCGCGCGGGGACUGCGGUGAGGGGGCGAGCCGUGAAGAUGGCGGCAGUGGUGGAGGUGGAGGUUGGAGGUGGUGCUGCUGGGGAUCGGGAGCUGGAUGAGGUUGAUAUGUCAGAUCUCUCUCCAGAGGAGCAAUGGAGGGUCGAGCAUGCACGCAUGCAUGCCAAGCACCGUGGCCACGAAGCUAUGCAUGCUGAAAUGGUCCUCAUCCUCAUCGCUACCUUGGUGGUGGCCCAGCUGCUCCUGGUGCAGUGGAAACAGAGGCACCCACGCUCCUACAAUAUGGUGACCCUCUUUCAUUUUUUUUUUGUUCCCCUCUAUUUCACAGUGAAGCUGCACUGGUGGAGGUUCCUAGUGAUCUGGAUCUUGUUCUCUGCUGUCACAGCCUUUGUCACCUUCCGAGCCACCCGAUUUUUUUUUGUACAGACAACCCCAAGGUUGGUUUAUAAGUGGUUCCUGCUAAUCUAUAAAAUCAGUUAUGCCACUUUUUUUUUUGGCUACAUGGCUGUCAUGUUUACCCUCUUUGGUCUUAACUUAUUAUUCAGGAUCAAACCUUUUUUUUUCAUGGACUUUGGCAUCUCCCUUCUCUUCUAUGGCCUCUACUAUGGAGUUUUUUUUUGGGACUUUGCAGAAAUGUGUGCAGACUACAUGGCAUCUACCAUAGGUCGGUGCUCAGCUUCCACGAGUUCUGCAUCCGCGGCUGGUGCAUCGUGGGAAAGAAGCAGACGUGUCCCUACUGCAAAGAGAAGGUAG